CUCAGCCUCUCCAUAAGGUCGUGUGUGCCUUUAUCCAUUGCCGCGGAGUAAUGAGUGAAACCAUGGAUUGUCUUGAGCAUGUUGGUAUCAUGGAUAAAACACUCGACAGAAACGAUGAGAUAUCAAAAAACAAGAAACAGCGGUCAGAUAAAAUUUCAAAUCUUAUGGACACUAUCUACUGAAAGGAUGGAGAAUGCUGAAUGAAUCUUGUCCCAAAUGUGAGACGAUUCUUUUCAGCAGCCAAGCGGCCAGUAUUACUGUGUUGCUUGUAUGGAGGUUGACAGUGAUACUGCUAGCGCUAAAAAGCAGCCGGUCGACAGCAAUAAAUCACCAGAAAUGUUUCAAGAUCUCCCAUUUGAACUAUCGUCUCCCGAUAAAGAUAACAUUAUUGUUUCUGCACUCUCGAAAGCCAUUAAAAGAGCAUCAAAGCAAUGUACUGCAACUCCGGUAGGACUGUCCACGAACAACAGGAUGUACAAACAAAACAGUAUGAUGAUUGAUCUACACGAAAAAAUAAAGUGGUGUAUGUCACAGCUAACAGAAGCUGCCUCACCUACGGAAAUUCGUCAGUGGUCUGACGCACUUAAGUCUUUGUUGAGAUUAUGGGACGAAAUGGCUAAUAGCAGUUUGCUCAAACUUUGAUUUAUAAAAAGCUGCUUCCUAAGAAAAUAUAAAUUUUUAAAAUGAA